AUGUCCUCGCCGGCGCUGGUUUGUCGUGUUUGUGGUGACCGCAGUUCCGGCAAACACUACGGCACGGUUUGCUGCGACGGGUGCUCGUGUUUCUUCAAGCGCAGCAUCCGCAAACGGGCCAUUUACAGCUGCAUCUCCGGACCGGGUGGAUGCUCGGUGGACAAGGCCCGGCGCAACUGGUGCCCGUUCUGCCGGUUGCAGAAGUGCUUCCUGGUGGGGAUGAAUGCUUCGGCGGUGCAGCAGGAACGCGGACCACGGAAGGCCGCUGACGGACUCUCGGUGCAGAUCCUGUCGCAGGUGUUGGUGGCGUGCAUUCGCCAGGUGCGCCACAACGAGCACUUCGCCAUCCUGAGCCGCACGCAGCAGGACGAGAUCCUGCGGCACGUUUGGUGCGAGUGCUUUCUGCUGCGGGUGGCGAACUGGUCCAUCGACAUAUCGGCUCUGGUGGAUCGAUGCUGCGACGGCCAUCUGCGGUCGGUGUUGGACGAUGUCCGGGCGCUCCAGGUGGAUCUCAUCGAGCUGUCGCUCCUCGAAACGCUGAUACUGUGCCGAAAAGAGUACGCCCUCGGUGAGCGCGAAGCGGACCAACUGGAGCACUUGGCCGAGCGAACCCUGAUCGCCUUGAGCCACUACAGCGUGCAGCAGCUGGCGGGUCCGGUGGAAAGCAGUAAGACUGGCCCCGGUUUCAGGUCCGGACGGCACGCCGCAGGUGUCGAGGGUAGGGCGGACAGGGUGCCCACUUCUGUGGCCUCGCCGUCCGCUGACCGGCAGCCCCUCGGGUGGGCCGCAGCUCGGCUCGGGAAGCUGCUGCUUGGGUUGCGUACGCUGACGCUGCGUUUUAACGAAUUUUCUGUCCGCUCGAUGCUGCGGGAUGUAAUUAGCGACGGCCUGGCGAUGGAAGGCAUCCUGGCCAGGCUCUAG